AUGCCAAGUAAUUACUUUUCUAAAACAAAGGAGGAAGCGAAAUUGUGGGAGACGCGACACGACGAAACGCGACACAAUACUGCACAGUGCAGUAGGAACAUGAGGUGCGACACCGUACCGAAUAGCGGGUCAAAAGGGGCAGCUCGUUACCUCUUAUUAUUCAGCUGUCAAAUAUAUAAUUGGUACAAGUGCAAUUGUGUUUUUGUCGGUGAUUACGAUAAAUACGCUCAACGAGUAUCGGAUUUUUUUGACGAUUUGAUAAAGUGCAAUGCAGUACCAUUAGCUUUGAUCGAUUGUGGUUGCGAGGAUAAGAAACUGCAAACAGUUAUAUCUAGAUCUAGAGAAAAGGAAGUUUUCAAAGAUGUUAGGAGAAAGAAGAAUAUUCGUCAUGUGCAAUGCUUAUUCGAAGCUGAUAAUGCUAUAGCUACCGUAGCAAGGAUAUUGAAUUGUCCUGUAUCGAGUUAUAAUUCAGAUUUUUAUGUGUUUGGGACAUUGCACAUACCGUUUGAUACAUUGGACAAUUACACGGUGAAAAGUUCAACUGGAAAUGGUUACACGAAACGUUGUAAAAUUUAUAAAGUUGAACACUUAUUAAAUUCUUAUAGAGGUUUAAGUCAAUCUACACUGCCAUUAGCUGCAAUAUUACUAGGCAAUGAUUAUGUAAAACGUGGUACAUUUAGAAACUUCUUUCGUUAUUUAAAGUUACGACGAAUAACAAGAAAAAGGUAUAGUAAUCGACAGUAUUGUAUAGAAGCAACUUUACAAUGGUUGAGCGGAUUUUACAUCUUGGACAAAGCAGUCAUUGGAAUACUAUGUAGAUCACCUAAAACCGAAUAUGCAGCUCGUGCCACAACACAUUCCAUAAACAGAAUUUUUUAAUUUGAUGGAGAUGUUAAUAGUCUAAUGUACAUAGAAGAAACUGAUAAAAAUGGAGACUUUGAAUCAUCCGAAGAAGAAGAAGAAGAGGAAGAGAACGAAGUUGAAAUAUUAGACAUGCUUAAAGGGGUCAGAAUCUGCUACCAAUAAUGCACUAGCUAAUGUACCUAAUUUGUUUGUAGAUGAAUUUCUUAUGGGCAAUUAUCCUGCAUAUUUUAUGGACUUGUUGGUUCGACGUUUAUAUAUUUGUCCUGUACAAAUAGAGGAUUAUUCCUAUCCAUUGAACAAUGUAAUAAGUUUAAAAAUUAUUAGAGUUAUAUAUGCAUUUCUGCAAUCAGGAAUGAAUAGAAGGAGAGGUUUCAUGAAAUACAUGAUUAGAGAUUAUAAUAAAAAGCUUAAAUGUUACGAACUAGAAGGCACUGACACUAAAUUUUCUUCCCCAUUACUGUCCCUAUCUAAUCUUAGAGAAGUACCAUUAACGAGUCCAGGAUUAAAAAAUAAUGUACAAACAUGCGUCAUUGAUUUUUCAUUACCAUUUGAAUUUAAAUUCAAGUUAUAUAGACACAAAUAUAUAAGCAAAGCCCAUAUUGAAUGAAAAAUUGACACGUAAAUACACGUUUCAAGACCCUCUGAUCAUGUUUGAUUUAAAACAAUACUUUGGAAAUAAAUCGUUUGAAUAUAGUUUAUCGAGUAAGACCUUCGAAAUUAUUUUCAAACGAUUUA